AUGUCGAUGGACGAGCAGGUGAUGGCGGAUGUGUGGAGUCAGCUCCCGACCGCGCUGGUGGACCUACUGCUUUCCCAUGUUUCCGUGCCCGAAUUUUGCAGGUUUCGCACUGUAUGCCCGAGAUGGAACUCCACUCUCUGCACGCCAGAGUUUGGAGACCUUUGCGCUGAGAACGGAAACAAAGAUCAUCGUUCCAUCAUGGGGCAGUGUUUCCUCAGAAAGAUUCGUGACAGUUUGGUUUCCAGAGAAAUCGUUGGGUGGAGUAUACUCGACCUAAAUGAUAGGCGGUGGUACACAUGGAAGGACGAACAGCACAAACAUCCCCUGGCAACGGAUGGAGGCUUUGUUCUAUGGUCUAACUAUGUCGAAAUGACAAUUUUCAACCCUAUUUCUAGGUCCUCACAGGUACUGCCAGAUCCACCUUGCAGUGAUUUCAACAACAGUAUUAUAGCGAAACUCAUUGUUGACAGCGUCUCUUGCACCUUCAAGGUUUUCCUCAUCCACAGGCGUGAGAAACCUGAAGUGUGUAUGUUUGAGUCCGCCACAAAUCAAUGGCGAAACUCGAGUGCCAUGCCCCUUACGAGAACAAAUGUGCGCCUCAAGGCUGGGGUUGGGGUUCAAGCACACAGUGUCGUAUUUCAAGGACUCUUGUACAUUUCGACGACGACCGUGCAUAUUGAUGACAAUUUAAGCCUCCAGGAGCACUCGCCGAUCAAAUAUUGGCUCUUCAGUUACAACUUCUUGGAGGAUUCAUGGGCGGACACUCAUGUGGAUUUCCCCAAGUGCUCGGGGAAUGUUAAAAAAGAUCUUGUUGUGAGCGGGGCUCGUUUGUUUCUCAUGAGCGGGGAUACGUUAUUUCCUGAGGCGAGCCAGGGUUGUCUCAGAAUGAAGGAACCAUUAAGCGUGACGGAAAUUGAGCUUGCAGAUGGAUCCUUAGAAACAGUGUCCCUUUUGUCGAAUCCUGUGUUCGACGCGCAAGAAUUGGAGGCUAACAGGAGAUCAUUCGAUUUCAACCACGCGUAUGGGUUUGACAACUCCAUGAUGCUUACAUACAGAGGGCUUGGAUUCUCGAUCAUGUAUGAAUUGGUGACAGGUUUUUGGGAAUUGAGGCCUCCAGAUCAGACAGUUCCUGUGUUUGGGAAUGCGAUGCCCCUCCGUCAGCCUUGUGCUGUCCUUGGUAAGCCAGUGGCAGGGGGUUUAGUGCAUUGUACACCAUUUCAAUAUUCCACAUUAUUAGAGAAAACUCUUUACAUAGAUCAUAGAUGUCAAAUACACUCCCAGAUUUUAGAAGAUUACAUAUGGUAA